GAAAUCUCAAAUCUCUUCUGCCACACAAGGGGAAACUUCCUGGAGUUGUGGGAAAGUUGAAAGGAAGGAGCAAGUGUCUUCGAAAGAAAACUCUUCUCCUGCGGAGCACAGACCAGCAGAGCACUCUUGGCUGGUCUGAUGUGAAGGCAUAAGCUGCACCUUCGAGAGAUUCAGACAGCCUGGGCUGAGCACCUCGGGUCUUGGCCAAUUUCCUCCUCUCCGGCUCCGGUAAUGGACGCGUGUCUGAGCUCCGAGCAGCAGCCUGGAUGCCCGGGAGAAGGACUGAACUCCCCAGGUGGCAGGUUAGAGGCAGAGGAGGAGACUGUCCAGAAAGACGGCACCAGUGGACCUGCAGGAGAUUUUAACAUAGAUCCAUCUCUUCAUAGCCUCCAGGAAUUUGUUCCUACAGACUAUGCCAGCUACACUCAGGAGCAUUACCUGUUUGCAGGCAAGAAGAUUGUCGUUCAAGAAUCAAUAGAGAGUUAUGGAGCGGUGGUGUGGCCAGGGGCUACAGCUUUGUGUCAGUAUUUGGAGGAACAUACAGUGGACCUGAACCUUCAAGAUGCUAAAAUACUUGAAAUUGGUGCUGGACCAGGUCUUGUUUCCAUUGUAGCCAGUAUUUUAGGAGCUCAAGUCACGGCCACAGAUUUGCCUGAUGUCCUAGGAAACCUUCAAUACAACCUUUUAAAGAACACACUAAAACACACAGCACAUCUGCCUGAAGUCAAAGAACUGGUGUGGGGAGAAGGCCUGGAACAAAAGUUCCCCAAGUCAACUUUUUACUAUGAUUACGUUCUGGCCUCUGAUGUGGUCUACCAUCACUACUGUCUUGACAAGCUGCUCACCACCAUGGUGUACCUCAGCCAGCCAGGGACUGUGUUGCUUUGGGCAAACAAGUUCAGAUUCAGCACUGAUUAUGAAUUUUUAGAUAAAUUCAAGCAAGUUUUUGAUACUACAUUCUUGGCUGAAUUUCCAGAGUCAUCAGUUAAAAUUUUUAAAGGAAUACUAAAAUGGGACUAAAUUGAACAAAAUGCCUUUCAAAAAAUUAGUGUGUGUUUUGAGCAGUGUUAAAGAUUGUGUUGUCAAUAAAACACUUAUAAGAUUGAGAAGGUAGUGCAUAAAAAAACAACAACAAAAAAAACAACUUGUAUACCAAAAAUAAACACAACUUCAUAUGACAGCAGCUAUCUAAAAUAACCUAUUU